GACCAAAGGAGCUUACACAUGACGUGCCCUUGAACGAAACCGCCUCACGGUCCCCUCGCCACUCUCAUCAAAUCCUCAAGGUAAUGGUUCGCGCAAUUCGCAUGCAACAUUCGCCGAUGUGUCGAUGAACCCUGAGACUCUCGAGACUGUUUUCCUGACCGCCUAGCUCCUCGUCGAUUGCCGUUGAGACGAAACUACCAAAGCAACAUGACGCAAUUAAACGGCACCAUUACUCCAGCUCCAUCAGGAAGGAAUACGCCCAAGCCUGCUCCUAGAAUAUGGAGCGUGAGCGAUCCGCUAUUCCGCGGUUCCAGAGCGCCACCGCGACAGGUCUCCAUCCAACCUCCGGCGCAACAGCCUGGGCCCGACGCGGCCAUCAUUAUUGACAAUGGCUCCUGGCAAACAAAGGCCGGUUGGUCGUUCGACAAGACCCCAAGAUUAACAUCACCUCCCUUGAUGUCGCGCUACAGAGAUCGGAAGAUUGGCCGCACUUUAUGCUUUGUCGGCUCGGAUAUAUACGCAGAUGCGACUACGAGAGGGCAAUCCAAAUAUGCAUUUGACCCGGGCAGCAGUAUUGUCGGCAACUGGGAUGUCAUGGAAGGGAUACUGGACAACAUCUUCCUGAAGCUGGGCGUGGACGGAGCAGACGGUGGUGUCGGAAGACCGAUUGUUAUGACGGAACCGGUAGCCAAUCUGGGGUAUUCGCAAAAGACUAUGACGGAAAUUAUCUUCGAAUGCUACUCCGCGCCAUCACUGGCAUACGGCAUCGACUCGCUAUUCUCGUACGACUACAACAAAGGUUCGACGGGUCUGGUCGUGUCAUCUGCACACACAUCAACGCACAUAAUCCCCGUAGUGGACAAUCGAGCACUGCUCACUCAGGCCACGAGACUCAAUUGGGGCGGCUACCAGAACGCCGACUAUCUCAUGAAGUUGCUACGGCUGAAAUAUCCCACGUUUCCUGGAAAGCUGAACGAUACCCAAGUGGAAGAGAUUCUCCGCGAGCACUGCUACAUCUCGCAAGACUAUGAGCGAGAACUGAGCAGCUACCUCGAAUGGACAGGCCUAGAGGAGCGCAACCACGUUGUGCAAUUCCCUUUUUCGGAGCAAGCUGUGGUAGAGAAAUCACCAGAAGAGCUUGCCCGAAUGGCAGAAAAGCGCAAGGAAAGCGGCCGACGGCUCCAAGAGCAGGCCGCAAAGAUGCGAUUAGAGAAGUUGAUCCGCAAAGAACAAGAACUGGAAUACUACAAGUCUCUACAACAAAGAAUCACUACAGAGACGAAAAAAGAAACGAAACGCCUCCUCGAUGCCGAAGACUUCAAAGACGAAAUUGCUCUCGACAGACGGAUCAGAGAACUGGACAAGUCUGUCCGCAAAGCGCGGACCAAGGACGUUGGCGGCACGGAAAACGAAGAGGAUGAAGAGCCUCCCACGUUCCCGCUCCUCGAUGUUCCGGAUGAGGAACUUGACGAAGCUGGACUCAAGCAGAAACGGCACCAGCGGCUGAUGAAAUCCAACCACGAAGCCCGACAACGUGCCAAGGCAGAAAAGGAACGCGAGAAAGCCCGUAUUGCCGAGGAAGAACGACUCGACGAGGAACGCCGCGAUAAAGAUCUCGAAGGAUGGUUGGAUGAGCGACGAACAGCACGGAGCACAAUCCUCCAACGCAUCAAAGACCGCGAGCGGCUCAAAGCCGACCUGGGCAAUCGCAAAUCACUCGCCUCGCAAAUGCGCAUGAAAAACAUUGCCAACCUCGCAUCCGACACACCGGGCCGAAAGCGGCGACGGGGCGGCGCCGCAGCAGGUGGCGACGACGACACGUUCGGCGCCAACGACGAAGACUGGGGCGUGUACCGCCAGAUUGCGACAGGCGAAGGCAGCGACGACGAAGACGAAGAAGACAUGGACACCACGCUGAAGAACCUUGAAGCGCAACUGCUCAAAUACGACCCCAACUUCACCGAAGAGCACACGCUUGCCGCCCAGUCCGACUGGUCGAAGAGCCUCGUGCACGCCUUCUUGCGCGGCCCUUGGCCCUUCAACCCAGAGAGUCAGCGCGAAAUCAACCAGAUUCAUCUCAACGUCGAACGCAUUCGUGUCCCCGAGGUCGUCUUCCAGCCGUCCAUUGCCGGCCUCGACCAGGCAGGACUCGUGGAAAUCGCCAGCAAUAUCAUCACCCAGCGCUUGCCCAACCCCGUGCAUCGCGAGAGCAUUCUCAAAGACGUCUUCCUCACGGGCGGCAACACCCUGUUCAAGGGCUUCGAGGACCGCUUGAGAACAGAGCUGAGAGCCGUGCUCCCCGCCGGUGCGCCCCUCGCCGUCAGGUCCGCAAAGGAUCCCAUCUAUGAUGCCUGGAAGGGCGCCGCCCAGUGGGCAGGCACCCAGCGCUGGAAAGAUGCCCGUGUUACCCGCGAAGAGUAUCUCGAGAAGGGACCAGAGUAUUUGAAGGAACAUAAUCUCGGAAACGCCUACGCCGGAUAACUUCCAACCCCCAUGUCCAAAGCCGUAUCCGAAUCUUAGUCCAUAUCAACAGUUUCUACUUUUACGCUUCACACACUUCACACACUUAGACCCUUCAUGCCUUCAUGCCUUGAAGCCUUGAAGCGAAAAAGCUACUGGCAUUUCAGCAUCGUCAAAUUUGCACUAGCAAAAAAAGCUUUUCAGAUUCUCCACGUCCAUGUUCAUCUCCAUGUCAAUGUCAAUGUUCAAGUGCAGUGUGAAUCGGAGAGUUACGGGAGGGGAUGGCGGAGAAGUUCUGAAGAGCAACUCGUUUUAAAAGCACAAUGCACAAUGUCGCCUUGGCCCCCGUCUCAUGUAGUAUUACUAUCGCCACUAUUCGAUUACCUUUUCUUUUUUUUUUUUUUCUCUAUUUCCCCCCCUUUCCUUAGGAGUUUACGUCAAUUAAAAAGCUCAAUUUAACUUUCACCAUACCG